CUGGGUCCCAGGAUGCUGGGGAGCCCACCCUAAGUGGGAAAACAACUUGGGAUUUUCUUUUUAGAACUACAGUAAGUGAUGAAUCUGUUUGAUCCCUUAGGAAGGCAUCUGUGGUUGCUCUAAGGAUUAGCAGUUUCCAUGUUCGGAGUGCUUUACGGACCCUAAUUAACCCCUACCUUAUUCCUUCCAGAGAGAGCAUUUAUUCUCCCCAUUUAUGGAUGAGAUAACUGAGGCAGAGGUCAUGUUUAUCCAAAAGCAACUGAGGGAAUCUGUUGCAGUGGGCUGGAGCAUGGGGCUGCUUGAAUCCCAGUCCUCUGCUCUAAAUGCUGGAUUCCUCUGAUGUUCCUGGAGUCUCCCUGUCUACGGCUCCCUGCAAGAACCUGGCAAUGUGCUGCUGUGCUAGAAAGCAUGGCCACUGUUCCUACAGCCUCCUCAAAUAUCCUUCAAUACCUCUUUCUUUUCUCCUCCCGUGAGGAGUGACUGUGAAAGCCUUACUACUUUGCUCCGAAACAGCCCCACCCAAUUUGUCUCCUGACCCAUAAGCCACCCAAAAUAGGUUCUUCAUGGCUCUGCCAAGAGUAAAACAGCUUUCAGAUGGGGAAACUGAGGCGCGCACGCACACCCCACUACCUCAUGUGCAACACCCUCCUCGAUGUCACUGGGGCCAACAUGGUGCUCUGUGCAUUGUUCAAAAGCGUGGCCACAUCCAAAGGUUUGUAAUAUUUCAAAAGGCAGUCUGCCAAGGAGAGUGACACACACUGGAGGCCUGUCUGCUCUUCCCAGUUGUACUGGGGGAGACCUGCAAAGCCUCUUAUUUUCUGUUGUGAAUGGUGACUUUUUUCUCCUUAGAGUUGAAGAUGGGAGACCUUUACAGCAGUAUGGCUGAUGCUUCUGAACCUUUGCCAUCAGGGGAGAGUGUGAGUGGGUCACCAGUUUCACCUCUCACUUGAGGAACCUGAGAUGCCAACACCUGCCCAGUGCAACAGAGCAUGGCAUCAGGACAAAAACUGCCUGCUCCAUAGAACCAGACAAAAAGUAAACAAUAUUUGAUUUAAUGCAUUUACUGUGUCAGACACAAGAAUAGUGCCUAUACAGUCUUGACAUAUGUCUUCUGUGUUGUGGGCCUCCCCCAGCUGCAGUGACUCUCUGAUCCAGCAAAGCACUAAAAGAGCCUAGAGAGAGAAGGUGACUGAAGAGCUCUGUGUAACUCGAAAGCUUCUCACCAACAGAAGUUGGUCCACUGAAAGAGAGCUCCUGACCCGUUUUGUGUCUCUAAUAUCCUCGGACCGACAUGGCUACAACAACCCUGCAUGCUGUCAGUUUUAAAAAUCAAAUCACUUUUGGAGCAGAGAGAGGCUUGUAUCCUGGCUAGAUGGUCCCGAAUCUGCACUAUAGUCUACCCUCUGCCAAUGUACGCUGCCCUAUGUACGUGGAUAUUUUUUUUAUCACAAUUCUGCUGCAGCCUUAACUUUCUAAUUGGUGUCAUUCCAACACCCACUAUAGUGGGAAUCUUUGUGACUUUCAGAGUGCAUUGGGCCAGGCUCUUAGCCCUUUGCUGCAGGACAGGUUGAUAAUUUCUCGGUAAUACAAAUGUACUUUUUUUGUCCUGGUAGGAAAUACACAUUCCCAAUGAAUUAAGGGGAAGUGGCCAUGACCAGUCCUUCCUUUGGCUAUGUUGAAAGUUAUUCUCAGUUAAAAGGCCAACAAAUGAUAUCUGGUGAAUGUAAACCAAUUACCUGAUGUUUCUUCCCUCUUCCAUCUGUGUGUUUUAUCAGCCAGAAUUGGGGAGCCCUGGAGUGUAUGUGGAGAAGGUGACCAAACUUUCCCUCCUCUGACUGAACUUUAAAACCUUUUUCAGAUCAAACAUUGCUUUGUUCAACUCUUUGCUUAACCUUCCACGGUUGGUCAUCAACCUUUGACCUCAACAUCCCACUUCUCCCCUCCCUCUCUCCCCUGACUUGACUGAGCACUGGUGGACUGGCAGAAAUUCAGUGCAGAAGCUACUAUUGACUAGCUUUGUGUCUGAUUUUUUCCCCCUGCUCUAAAGCAAGCGUGCCUGUCACUGUACGUUGCAGAUCACGUCCAGUAGGCGAGGAAUCUGAGACACCACAAGGAGGAUGCAUAUGUUCCUGUGGUUGAUCAUCAGCCUCUGGGGUGCAGUAACUCCUCAGUACCACCCUGUGGAAGAUAUCUGCACUGCAAAGCCAAGGGACAUCCCAGUGAAUCCCAUGUGCAUUUACCGUAACCCUGAGAAGGAGAGCGAGGGGCUAGGGUCGGAGCAAAUGAAGGAGAAGAUCCCAGAAUCUACUAAUCCUCGUGUCUGGGAGUUAUCGAAGGCCAACACCCGCUUCGCCACGGAAUUCUACAAAUACCUGGCAGAUUCCAAGAAUGACAAUGAAAACAUCUUCAUGUCACCCCUCAGCAUCUCCACAGCCUUUGCAAUGACCAAACUCGGUGCUUGCGGUAACACCCUCCAGCAGCUCAUGGAGGUUUUCCGGUUUGACACUAUUUCAGAGAAGACAUCUGAUCAGAUCCACUUCUUCUUCGCCAAGCUGAAUUGCCGGCUUUAUAAGAAGGCCAACAAAUCCUCAGAGCUGGUGUCGGCCAAUCGUCUCUUUGGGGAGAAAUCUCUGACCUUCAAUGAGACCUACCAGAACAUCAGUGAGGUGGUUUACGGAGCCAAACUCUGGCCCUUGAACUUCAAAGAAAAGCCGGAGCAGUCUAGGACUCUAAUUAACGAGUGGAUCGCUAAUAAAACCGAGAAGCGAAUUACUGAUGUGAUCCCUGAGGGAGGCAUUGAUGACCUCACUGUCCUGGUGCUGGUCAACACCAUUUACUUUAAGGGGCACUGGAAAUCGCAGUUCCUUGCUCAGAACACAAAAAGGGAUAAGUUCUAUAGAAGCGACGGCCAGAUCUGUACCACCCCCAUGAUGUACCAGGAGAAAAAGUUCCGUCAUGUCACCGUCCCCAGCGACCACGUGCAGGUGGUGGAGCUACCGUACAAAGGGGAUGACAUCACCAUGGUUCUCAUCCUGCCCACCAUGGGCAAUUCUCUUGGACAAGUGGAGCGGGACCUGACCCCAGAGCAGCUGCAGAGCUGGCUGGGCUCUAUGAAGGAGAUCUUGCUCUCUGUCUACCUCCCCCGCUUCCGCAUCGAAGACAACUUCAGCCUGAAGGAGAAGCUGCAGCACAUGGGGCUGGUGGAUCUCUUCAGCCCUGAAAGUGCCAAGCUCCCAGGCAUAGUUGCAGAGGGCCGUACAGACCUGUAUGUGUCUGAUGCUUUCCACAAAGCCUUCCUUGAGGUGAAUGAGGAAGGCAGUGAGGCAGCAGCUUCUACCGUAGUCAUGAUCUCGGGGCGUUCGUUUCCCAUGAACAAAAUGGUCUUCAAUGCUAACAGGCCCUUCCUGCUCCUCAUCCGGGAAGUUGCCAUCAACACCAUCAUCUUCAUGGGCCGAAUAUCCAAUCCCUGCUCUUAAGGAGUUGUGGCCAGGUCCCAGCCUCUCCGUCCCCAUUGGUAUCCAGUCAAUAAAAUAUCCUCUCCCCAUGUCUGUCUCUUACGCAGCAUUUUCUGCAGUAUUGCUAGUCAGCAGUUUGGAAGUCCCAGCUUUUCUCAGGGCAGCUGUUCUGUUGUUUGACACAACCCUUACUUAGGGACUGUAACCUGUUAAACUGUUUACCCCCUUGCUGUCACAGUCGGGCAAGGGAGGGUGAUGCAUCUAAGGUGAUGUUCUCUCAGCACCAGAGGAAGUCCCAUCCUGCAUUCUCUCUGUUAAAAGGAGGUUGGAUUCUCCCAGUAUUUUGCACCAAUAUUUGUUGUGUAUCGCUGUCCUCAUUCAGGCCUCAACUGUAACUCUGAUCACAUCUUCCAUUAAAAAACAAUCCAGCAAACUA